CCAUAUUCUAUGCCGCUUAUCCUCACAAGGGUCGCGGGGAGUGCUAGAGCCUACCCCAGCUGUCAACGGGCAGGAGGCGGGAUACACCUUGAAAUGGUUACCAGCCAAUCGCAGGGCACAUGGAGACAAACAGCCACACUCACAAUCACACCUAGGGGUAAUUUAGAGUGUCCAAUUAAUGUUGCAUGUUUUUAGGAUGAGGGAGGAAACGAGUACCCGGAGGAAACUCACGCAGGCACAGGGAGAACAUGCAAACUCCACACAGGUGGGACGCCGAGAUCGAACCCGUGCCCUCAGAACUGUGAGGCCAACGCUUUACAAGCUGAGGCACCGUGCUGCCCAUACCAAUAUUAAUGGGCCUAAAUAAAGAACUUCAAAUUUAAUGGACAGAAAAUACGGUACUGUCCAGUUGGAUCUCAACGUGCCUCUUCUCUUUUGAAUCUGGGUGCCAGACAGCGACUGGUACCCUAGAAAAGAUUUCAACAUCAUGAAAGAACCCUAAUUUACUGUAUAUAUUUAACUUGGCUUUGGUGGCAUCCUAUGAGAGCUUGGGGUCUUUUCAAAAAAUUGCAGGAGGAAAACUGAAAAUUCUCAAGAAGGUGAGUUUGCAAAUGGUUAAUCAGCAACAGUUCCUUAAUAAUCACUAAUGUCACACCUGCUUGCACCUUUGAUCUUUUAUACAACACACUCAUUAUUCCCAAUUAAAUGAAAUUUACCGGCAUCCAUCAUAAGCGUAUGGCCAUUAUUGUUUCCCAUUAAUACUGCAUAUACGCAGCCCAUGUGAGAACAGUUUAAUCCGGCAGUGUCGAUGUUUAAAUAUUCCACAGCCAAUUUGCAGCGCCCAUUUUGAUUUACAGCUCAGAGAAAUGCAGAUGAACCCACUCGCACAGCCACUUUGGGUUGUGCAAUUAGCUCGACAAAUAGCCUGUCAUCUUGGCCCAGCACUUGCCGCGCAACACCGCUGUCACCAAAGCGCAGGACGGAGCCAUAUGGCCUUAAAAUACGAUUUACGAUUUUAAUUAAUAUUUUUACGCUUUCAUCUUUAGAAAAGGAAAAUUACUGACAUUAUUCAAAUCGAGCUUACACAUAUAUCCAUCCAUCCAUUUUCUGAGCCGCUUAUCCUCACAAGGGUCGUGGGAGUGCUGGAGUCUAUCCCACCUGCCAAGGAGCAGGCUGCAGGGUACACCCUGAACUGGUUGCCAGCCAAUCACAGAGCACAUAGAGACAGACAACAGUCGCACUCACAAUCGCACCUAUGGGCAAUUUAGAGUCUCCAAUUAAUGUUGCUUUUAUUGGGAUGUGGGAGGAAACCGGAGUGCCCGGAGAAAACCCAGGCAGGCACGGGGAGAACAUGCAAACUCCACACAGAUGAGGCGGGUUUGAACCAGAGUCCUAAGAACUGUGAGGCAGAUGUGCUCACCAGUUGGCCACCGCUCCGCCAUGCCAACAUUUUUUAAUCGUAUAUACAAUAAAUAAUCUACCAUUAUCGAUUCCCGAUAAAAUUCUUAAAUUAGUGGACUUGUAAGUGAAUUUACCACUGUAAAAAAUUUUGUGACAUUUUUGUUUUGUGGUCUAUCAUGAGAUUUUUCUAAUCUAAAAUAUUUUUCGUAGGUAAAAACAAACUUUGGGAAAGAGUAGUGUGCAAGACUUUGCACCAGAUGCGACAAAAUGUGGGGAUAGCCUUAUAGGAGGAGAAACAUGGCCUAUGCGAGGAACCUUGAGGAAGUUGUCAUCCCUUCAUUCAACGUUAGAAUGAGAAAUGGGGAAUAUCAGAAAAAUUACAGCUGCGGUGUCAAAGCGGCAGUCGGAUGACAGCCAGUAACUGCAAAGUGCCCAAGGCAGUCGCCUCUCUUGUUCCCUUACCUUUCCCUCCAUGAAGGUCAGUCCAGCGACUGGCCUGCGAGCGUGGCUGCAGCCGUGUUUACCUCUCUUUUUCGAAACCCAAUUACGUGGCGGCGCAGCGGUGCCAGUCAAAGAUGUCAAUGGUAGUAGCCCGUGUCCCUCUCGCUCUGCCACCAGAGGUUAUCAUGCGCCUUCUUUUUAAUGGCCAAUUUGGUCCAUUAAUCUUUGAGAUUUCUGGACAUAUAUGACAACUUACGGACAUUUAACAACAACAACUUGGAGUGACAAAUGUUCUGUCAUAACACAGGUUUUAUAGUGACUGCUGCAUCCCUGUAAGAAUGUUCUGGCUUUUUGUCACAGUUUUUCAAAUAAUAAUAGUAAUAAUAAUAUUUGACUGAAAAUUGAAUUGUCUUUUGUGGCUAAUGGAAAAAAAAUUAAACUCAUAUAAAUGAAUUUAAAAACAUACUUUUCAGAAGGGAAAUUCUUGCCCAAUUUCUUGAUGAAUAUCAUUUCAGUUGUUUUUUCUAAACUGAAAGCAUCCAAAAUGAUAUAGCACGGCACCAUUUUUAUCACUGCAUAUAUUUCGAAAGGGGCUAUUGACUGGGAGCAGCUCAUGUAACCCACUGAUACAAAGAAAGUAAAACAAAUAAAAUCGGAAAUUAAGUUGUGUCUGUUCUCUUCGCCCGACGUCCCAACUACCGCUGCUGCACCGGACUGCCUGCUCGAUCCGCUACCUCUCCAUAUAAUAAACGUGUCUCUUCUUGAACUACCUUGCGUCUUCCGAGUUCCUGCAUUUGUGUCCUACUCUCGUUCCGAUGGGACGUGACAGAACGAACUGGCCAUCACAGGACCCAGCAGGAAAGACCCGGCGUCGCCGGGACCGACGCAAGGUAGACCGUCUGCCAGAGGACCAAGCCUGUCCGAUCAACGUAGGCUCCCUGAUGUCCUCCGCUUCCGUGUCUUACGCUCCGCCAGCGAGGUAUGAAUAUGUCCCGAACACGAUCCGUCCGGCUCCUCAUAUUCUUCUGGACUCUGACUUUUCGGAAUAUGAGGAGGACCGUGAUUUGUAUGACCGGCUGCCGGAGUACAACUCCGAUUAUUCUGAUUAUGAAUCUGCUCGUCCGAUCUUUCAUCCCAGUCAGUUUGUUUCACCUCCCCGCGUUUCCAGCACCCGAGCGUCUUCGCCCGGUAGGUAUAAGUACACCAAUCCGUAUGAGGGAACUCGCUUGGCCAUCUACCCGGGACCUCCGCGUGGCGGCCAGAGGAGACGCCCCGUCCAGGCGCUCCCCGGUGCCUCGCGCUGCGCGGCAACUAAGACAUCGUCCUCCCACUCCUCGCCAGCAACGGCGAAACCGGCGGACCCGCAGCUGGUGGCGAAGCUUCCAGCCCAGAGGGAGGAGGAGUCGCCAAAUCACGAGGCGUUCCGCCACGAAAUGCGGGCGGAGAUAGAGCGACAGAGCGCGGAAUUGGCGGCUCUCACGGCGCAUGUUCUCCGACCAACCUUGUAAGCCUGACUCCUUUGAUACUUCUGCCUGCGUUGAUUGUUCCCGUGUACCGACUCCUGCCUGUCCGCUCAUCUGUUCUCUUCGCCCGACGUCCCAACUACCGCUGCUGCACCGGACUGCCUG